GUUCCACAUUGGGCAGGCGGACCAGAUCAGGCAGCGACACCCCACAAUGGAGUUUUCGAUCCGUGCCGCAAACGUGGAGGACUGCAAGGAGAUAUCUCGAAUGAUCAUGGAAUUGGCCGAAUACGAGAAAGUGGUGGACAAAGUGAAAGUCACGCAGAGAGAUUUGGAGCAGGACGGCUUCUCCAAGAAUCCAUUCUUCCAUGGAAUCAUCGCUGAAGUUCCUGAGCAGCUCAAGUCGAAGGAAGGUCACACAAAGAUCGGCUACGCUCUCUACUUCUUCUCCUACAGCUCCUGGAAAGGCAGGGCUGUGUUCAUGGAGGAUUUGUAUGUGAUGCCGGACUUCAGAGGGAAGGGGAUUGGUAAAGCGCUGAUGAGCAAAGUAGCUCAGCUGGGCAUGGCAGCCGGCUGCAAUCAGCUCAACUUCACCGUCCUGGACUGGAACAAAUCAUCGGUGGACUUCUACCUCAGCCAGGGCUGCACGGACGUGACCUCUGAGCUGGGCUACCACUACAUGUCCUGCAAUGGGGAGGCUCUGGAGCACCUGGCACAGCCCUGACUUGGAGGGCCGCGAGUGCCAGGCGCAUGGUCCCAGGUGCUGCGGGGACCCGGCGGCUGUUGGUGUUGACAAUCAAGCUCAGUUUGUGAAGCCCCGCCCACUUUCUUUAAAAUGCCUGUGGGGGUAGAAAAGCCUCUCACAUGAAUUAUGGGCUUCAAACUGUUAUUCACUAUGCAUUGGCAACUGAACCCCCGACACAAACAUCAUUUUUAAUCAUCAAAAUAAUGUGCUGUGCAUUACCAUCACCUUGGUGCAGUAUAGGCUUCAGUUUUAGAGUUGCAAGUGAACCAGAGGGGCGAAAAUAUCAGUAUCUGCCAAUGAAGGCAGCACUGGAGACUCUCAUAUCUGGAUGAUGUCACUGUCUCCAAAAUCACUUCAUUAGCCAUGUUGGAAGAAAACCAAGCUUCUGCUCAAUGCUUGAUGAGCAACAUCCAGCUCCUGACCUGAACAAAAGCAAAAGGAACUCCAUAGGGGUCCAGUUAGUCAGACAGUUACUUCAUUUCCUGCUCAUCACAGGCAUGUUGCCAUAUAUAUAUUUCACAAGAAUCAUGCUAGGGUGGCGGGGCUCAGUUUGCAGGUUCACACUCAAGCGUUGUAAUUGCACUACUUUUUGAUGUUAAAUGUGAACCUCAUGUGUAAAGGUCUGUCACAUGCUGCUAGUCACCAAGAUAGUUGAUGUACAUUGUUAAGGUGCUAAAUGGUAGUGAGGUAUAUUUGUGUCCCGUGGUGUGUUUCUUACCACAGUAGAGGAGUUUGUUCAGGAUCUUUCAAUGUUUGCAAGUCUUGACUGCACACUGUAUAUGAAGACAAACCACUAACACACGGAUCGCUUUAUUCAAGUUAGGGGCCUUUGACAACGCGGGUUCUGUCUCGGGUGGCCUGAGUCCGAUUCGCCCCCUGCUGUGCAGCCUCGCACCUCUGCGCCCCUGGCGUUGUCCUUUUAUUCUCCUCGGGGCUCUGUGCAAAAUAGCUGGUUUGUGACCCACGACGUCUCAAGGAAGUCAUCAUCAGCCGGGUGACACCAGACUGGGCAUAUUUAUGACCAUCAGCUUGACCGCCUUUUUUCUCUGUCACUUCUUAACAAAACAAGUCAUCCUCACCUCAUAUAUUAACGGAAGACGGACCUCUGCCACGGCUGUAGCAAUGUGGCCUCCAGUUUCACAGCCAAAACUAAACAUGAAAGAGUGUUGUCAUGUUUAUUUUACCAGGAAAUAGCAGAAACAAGCUACGUUAUACGGACUGUCCUGAUUUUUCCACGCUGCUCUCACAACAUGGUGAACACAGUGAGAGAAAUUACAGACAAUUUUAAUCAGCGAAGUUCAGAUCCAGACAUCAAAAAUUAUCAAUGAAUAGUAAAAAUCACUGUCUUUCUUCCUCGCUGUUCUCCUCAUGCAGUCAGCUGCGCAGCUGUGAGAUAAAAGCAGUUGCAACAGCGCAGCAACAGUUGAUUCCCAACAUUAUUCAACAUUAAGUGAAUCUGUCUGUCAAUAAAAUCAGAUGUUUAUCGGACUAAUAAAGGUGAUGGGUCGAUGAGGUAUGGCCUAAGUUUCAGAGGCCACUAGACGGUGCUCUUGGUCGACAAAGGAAGCAAAGUUUCAUUGAGUCAAACAUUGUACAGCAGACCAUUCCAUCUAGUGGCCUCUGAAGGUUAGCACACUGGUUCGUGGAACCUUUUCUACCCAUCACUGCCAUUCAGUGUUGAUGUGGUGCUGACGCUUCUGAGGAGGUGCUAGUUAUGUUUAAAUAAUUGUUCAAAGCUGAAGUUUACAGAGGAGUGCGAUCUGAAAAUCUGGACGCGGCUUCAUGAAGCUUCAGUAACACAUCACUGUGUGAAGCUGCAUUUACAUGCUGUAAAAGAAAUGAUCUGCACAAUUCCAUGUUAUGGUUAUGAUGUACUAUAUAGAUAUAUAAACUAAUAAAAUUUCAACAAUAUAUUCAAAAUAUUCAACAAUCAGUCCAAGGCCUAUAGACCUAAUGAAAUAAAUGUGUGUGUGUUGGUAUGUAUUGCCACACUCGUGACUACCUCUUGACAAACCACCUUCUUGUGAGGACAUUUUGCUAUAUGAGGACAUUUUGGCCUGUCUUCACAAGGUUUAGAGGGUUAGCACGUUGGUCAAAGUAGUCUAUUAUAACUGGGAACAAGUUGGAUUCAGAGUCAUGGUUAACAUUAACCAUUUGUUUUAGAUAGUUUGGUUUUGGGUGAGAUGCUGGGGAAAGGGUUAAGUCAAUGAGAAGUCCUCACAAAAAUUGCAAAACAAACAUGCGCUUGUGUGUCUGUGUGGUCGUAUAACAAACCAUUCCUGACCAACCACCAGAUGUCACCAGCAAGACCCUAAUGAACAUAGUUUACAGCUUCCAACAUUUUGAGUGAAAACUGAGUGGAGAAGGUUUAAUGUUGGCUUCAAGCAAAUUGAAAGUCAAAAUGUUUCUCCUUCUGGUAAACCUAUGACUUUCCCUCAUUCAUACUUGGGAUACAUGUUUCCAUCUCUCCUUAAAGAGACAGCAAAGCGCACGGAAGAAUCAGAGCUGGACCACAGAGCAAGUUUUAAGUUACAUCACAUGUCUAUUGUUGGCUUUCCGCUGCGGACCAGACCACCCGUGCAGCCACUGCUGAGCCCACAACCCCUCUGCUGGUCAACACUGGUCAACUUUUGAUAAGUUGCUCUUCAGACCAGGGAACCCAAGAUUUGAUGUAUCAGCCACUCGAUGUCGAUUACUACCUGGCCUUACCUCGAAUGGUACAGUCAAGUCACUAUAUAUAUCACAAUAUUCCGCUGUUAAAAAUGUAUGACAAUAACCAAAGAGUGAUCCUGCUCUUCCUGCAGUGUCGCACAAAGUUGGCACCCUCACUGUUUUCAUUUCAACUCUGAAGGUUUUCAUGAGUAAAUAGUUUGCUGGAAGAAUCUAACAACAAACCUCAGCCGCCAAACAGCAGCUCUCAGGUCUGGAACUAAAGAGGGAAGUCUGGAGUCGGAGAAGAACGCUCCACGUGCUGGAAUUUAAAGAAGAAAAAUCUUGGAUGGGGCUCAGGUCGUGUCUUUGAACCUGCUCGAAUGUGAGUGGCCUUACUCAGCUCUGCACUCCUGUUUUAUAUCCCCUCAAUUCUCUGAAAAAAAAGACGACCUAUUGAAUUCUCUCCAGCAAUUUAAUGAAAACCGUCUGAGUUGUGGGUUAUAUUUAGUUUGUUUUGCUUCACUAUAAACAAGAAAGAACAACUAACUGAUUUGCAGUUUCUGUUUAUUCCUCUCCUACAUUUUUAUGGUUUCUUAUUUACAUUUUUUUUUUUACAUUUUUUUGACCUGUGCAUGUGAUGUGUGUGAAAUGUCCAACGUUCACAUGCAUGGUUAGAUUGAAAUGUCAACACGACGUCCAAGUUAUUGGUUAGAGGUAUUUAUAUCUGUCUUUGUCUGCAACGUUCCAGCACUGCUCCAGACCCCAAGCUAUAAAUUACACAAUGCACCGCCGUCAUCUCAACACGGAUCUGAGAUUUCCGAGACGCAGACAUGUUUGCAAUAAAACUGAAGCGUUUGACAAACGAUUGUUUCAUGUCUGU